AACGCACACAUACAUUCGAACAACAAUCAUAUUAAUUCCUCUAUUGGCAAUUUGUUGCAAUUUAAUACACAUAACCUAUUAAAUUCUACAAAAAUAAAACGGAUCAAAUUUUAAUUAGUCUAAAACAGUUAUGAAUUUUACUUCUAUUACAAAUUUUGUAAUCAAAUGGACACCACAAAUAACACAAAAGCGUUUUCGUUAUCACUCCGAGAAAAUAGCAAAAGGGCCAUUAAUUCGACGAUAUGGUUAUGAAGAAAAAAUUGAUCCCACAGGAUUAUUGCCCCAUGUAGAAGGACGACGGUUGCCAAUGCCUGUAUAUCGUCCAAAAGAUGGAUGGUCUGAGAAACGUGCUCUAUUUGGCCAGAAUGAUUACAUAGAUAUUUUAGGUAAUGAAAGAAUUCAUCCUACUAGAGUAUUAUACAACGUACCAUCGUGGUUACGAGGAGUUAGCGGUAAUGAAUAUCAAGUUUUAUUACGUAAAAGAAAAAUGCUCGCACCUACGAAAUUUCCUCUUGCACGACCAACAAAGUGGAGAGAAAUAGAAAAACGAAUUUCAUAUUUAUAUAGAUUUUUAAAUCGUAAAACUAAAACUGGUAUGUCUAAUGUGUAAGAACCUCUUGUAAAUUUUUGUUAAGUACUGUGUACA